GCAUAGCAGCUUCAUUUGUUGAAAAUAUUUCAGUAAUUUUCUUAGAACCCGAUGCUGCUUUUCGCCAAUAUGCCCUCUUGUUGCAUAAUGUUGACUUUGUAUCACCAUUAUAUACUGGCCCAC